GUAUUGCCACGAGUUCUACAAAGGCUACAUUCACACGACUUGGGACGUCCGCGGAAAGUGGCCGAAAAACGUGGCAGACAGCAAAGGGAGACACAUGUCCCCCGACAAUGCCGUCGCCUUCGCCUUGGAGGAAGAAGACCAGGGUUUUGACGCCUUUGUUGCUGGAUUGGUCUUCGUCUUCGGUCUCCGAAGUGGCCAUUCCCCGGACGACUGGCACUGCGUCGCCUUGGCCUGCUCAGCAGGAUGCCAUCGCUCGCUGAGCAUCGCCAUCGUCUUGGCCUUCGUCUUCGGCAUGUCGCUUUGGGCGCCUUCGCUGAAGAAGGGUUUCGACGACCCGGCGAAGAUCCCGGUGCUGGAGGCUGCUCUGGGACGCAAAAACGGCAGCCUCUUGCUGGAGAGGAUCAAGGAGCUCUGCGAACAUGCAGAGCUCAAGCCAUUUGUCAGAAGUAACAUUAGAGGAUUGUUUGGUAAUUUUUGGUUGCCAGUGGCCCACUGGGUCUGUACUUAUUUUUGCUUGUUGACAUAA